CAUUUUAGUAAAUUAUCCAAGUAUUUAUUUUUCUUUUGAGUUAUGGCAUUUUCGGACCUCCAUAUUUAUUUGCGUACUUUUAUCCUUAUUUCCCAAAAACGGUCAAAGUAUUGAUUUAUUGAACUGGGGAUCUGAACGUAGGUCAAAGAGCGCCCUCUCGUGUUUAACUGAGUUCUUCCACAGGAUCAAAUGAAAGUGACGUGGAUAUUUUUGUCACAUAACACCACAGGCCCCGCAAAGGAGACCACACCUUCUCGCUUUUUAAAUUUAGAUGUCUGACCCGUCCACACAGGUCGCUGGCUGUCCGUCGAAGAAACAGCGAAACCAUCCCGGAGGUCGAGGAGUUCAGAGUUCAGAGUUCAGGCUAAACAACCAGAGGGAUGGUGGUCUCGGUGAAAAACGACACCCGGCUGACCAGCUCUCAGAGCUUUCUCUGCGCCGGUUUCGCUGGUUUAUUCAGCAAAACCAUCACGUCCCCCCUGGAAGUGGUGAAGAUUAAAAGUCAGGUGGGAACUUUUCACUGCAAAGGUGGCUUCCUGCAAACUUUUCUCGUCAUCCACCAGAAUGAGGGACUUCGAGGAUUUUGGAAAGGAAAUAUGGCCUCCUGUCUCCGCCUGUUUCCAUACACAGCAGUUCACCUCACAACAUACAGGAAGAUAGUCCACCUUCACAUGGAUGAGCUGGGUUUCAUCUCCCAGUGGAGGGCCAUAUUUGCUGGAGGACUGGCUGGCGUCGCUGCAGCCCUGCUCACGUAUCCUCUGGAGAUGGUGGAGACCAGACUCAUCGCUCAGAACUCCAGACAGCCCACCUACAACGGCGUAGCUCACACUCUCUCAAAGAUCUACAGGAAUGAAGGGCUGCCUGCUCUCUACAGAGGAUUUUCCCUCACCGUUUUGGGUGCGGUUCCCUUUUCUGUCGGAUGUUAUGCGGUUUACAUGAGUUUGGACAAGCUGUGGCAGGAACCAUCUUUUCGCUUCACUCCUCUUCAGAACUUCAUUAAUGGCUGCUUUGCAGCAGGAGUGGCUCAAACGCUGUCUUACCCCUUUGAAACUGUUAAACGGAAAAUGCAGGCACAGAGUCCCCGUCUUCCACAUUUUGGUGGCGUGGACGUCCACUUCACUGGAAUGGUGGACUGUUUUAUGCAGGUUGUAAGAAACAAAGGGGCCCUGUCGCUGUGGAAUGGACUAACAGCAAACACAGUAAAGAUCGUUCCCUACUUUGGCCUUCUGUUCACCUGCUGCGAGAUGUGCAAGCAGGUUUGUCUGUACCGUAACGGCUACAUCAUCUCACCUCUGAGCUACAAGCCCACGCCGGGGGUCGACCAGAGCCUCGGGCCGCACGAGCUGGAGGAGGUCAAGCGCUACUUGAAAAACAGAAACUUUGGGUCAGGGGAGUCGUCGUUUGGAAACCGCUGGUGAAGCUUUAUGUGAAUGUCCUGCUGAAAAAGGAGGAAACAUAAAACACUCCUUACCAGCCUGCACCCCCAAGAGACUAAAACUGAGACACUUUCAGAAUCUUUCCAUGUAUAUCUGGCAGUAUUAAUCAUAAAUUGCUACCAAUUUAUAACUGCUUUUAUGUACUAACAUGUUCCUUAGAUGUUAAAUAUUUAUUUAUGGUCUUUUUUUACACUGUGCCGCAGCCUAAACGCUUUUUAACUGUAGACAUUGAAAGUUGAGCAUUAUGCUUAUGGACAAUCAUGUAAAUCACUGAUAUGGAUUGUUGUUAAAUCAAUCAGUCAUUGAAAAGUUUACAUUUAACAUAAGUGUUUCCUAACCAACCCAAGAGGAUAAAACUGCGUUUAAAAUCUUUUCAAAAGAUUUUUAAAAAUGUUUUAACAUUUGCUUUCUUUUUAAGAGCUCUUAUUUUAAAUACGUAUUCUACUGGUGACCUUCCACAUUCACAUUUUAUUAUAAAGGGUCAUUGCCAAACAUGAUUCUAGGUGAGAAACUGAACCUGCUUCAUACAUACCACUCUGUGUACAUCUUUAUCAAAUGUAUUUUGAUUAUAACACCUUUGUAUUUUUAGUCAUUUAUGGUAGAGUCCAGUAUGCUCUUUCAUCAGUUUGUCCUCCACCUUGUAGUAUUUUAAGGCUACAUAGUGUACAACAUCCUGUAUAUGGCAAGCCAAUGUAACAUAUAUUCAUUUCACCAGCCUGUCUAGCUGAUCAUUGGGAUUUUAACUAGUUAAAAUGACACAUUUCUAUCAUUCUACUAAGAAGGGUUCCUGGUCUGUCUUAAAAGGAAUAGUAUGCUUAAGAAAUUUAAUUUUGAACUUUUAAGUUGACUUGCAUGUAAAAUGAGUUUGUGUUUCCAGACUCUCUUCUGUUUUCAAUUUAAAUAAGAUUAAAAAAAACAAAAUCUUGUAAUAAAAUAAUUUUCAUAUUG